AGCUAGCUUCCACGCGCCGCCUGCUAGAGCCCUCCGCCACAAGCCGCUAUAAAAUGGGUACUCGCGGCGGCGGCGGAGGAGAAGGUAAUAUAUAAACCACUCCGGUAGAAGAAUUAAUAAUAAUACGGAGUAUAUUAUUUGAAAAUAUAUAGAAAUAAAAUAAUGGAGAGGAAAUUAGAUGAAAGGAAUGAAAAGAGAAUGACCGAAAGAUGGGAGAGGAAACAUAAGGCGUUGUUCACGGCCGCCGCCAGACACCCUUUCAUCAAAGCCGUCCGCGACGGCGCCGUUCCCUUCUCCUCCUUCAAAGCCUACCUGGGGCAAGAACACUGGCUGGCCAGAAACGCCAUCGUCCCUUUCCUAUCGAAUCUCCUGCCCGAAUCCAACGUGGACGCGAGCCUGAUUCAGACCGGAAUCCGGUUCAGAAACGCCGACCAGAUUCCAUGUCUGGAAAAGGAAGCUAACAAUGCCGAUGAUCCUCAGCAACCAACGCGAGACCUCUCUAAGUUCCUCCGGGGCCUUGUGGGCCCAGAGGCGAACUACGCGGUCGGACUGGCGGUGCUGUGGGCGAUGGAGACCGUUUACCACCGCGGCUUCAGUCACUGUUUGGGUGACGAUUCCCGCGCCGCGGCGGAGAUGAAGGAGGCAUGUCGGAAGUGGGGGAACGAGUGGUUCGGAAACUACUGCCUCUCCCUCCAGAGUGCGGCGGAUCGUGCGCUGGCGGAGGUUUCCGAUGAUGUUGUUGCGAAGGCCGAGGUUGCUGUUCUGCAGCUGCUUGAGAUUGUGGUUGAGGUGUGGAAUGCCAACAUGAGAACCAUGCAGCCAAAUGCAGUCUAAAUGGAUUAAGAGUCUUUGGCAUGGAUUAAGAGAGUGUUUGAAAGUCAUUAAGUUGUGGGUAAAAUGAUUUUCACAAAAAAAAAGCAAAAAGACUUAUAUUUGCUUCUCUGUACAAAAUGGUGGUGGAAAAAAUAAAAGUUAUGACAUGCCAAACAGAAUAGAACGGCUAUGUUAGA